GUUUGGAGCGGGUUCUGUGAAAUGCCUUGCCAUGAUGUUGCCUGAAUGAUAACGCAAUCGGCUGAGUGAGGACGUAACAGGCCGCUAAGACUUCUAGACACACUGAAGGAAAGGUGGGAUAGAACACACCUCAUGCGUGGGCUCAGAGAGGGUCCGAGGCUGUACGGAUCAUCUGACUAAGAUGGGUGUUCUCCAGCUCCACAACCCCACCCUCCCCGCCACGCUCCUGCACAGGGCCAAUCAUAUGCGUCUGUCGGGAACGCUGUGUGACGUCAUAAUCACGGUGGAUGGCCAGGAGUUCCCGGCCCACCGCACCGUCCUGGCCUGCACCAGCAAGAUGUUUGAGAUCUUGUUCCACCGCAGCAGCCUGCGCUACGCCCUCGACUUCCUCUCCCCCAAGACCUUCCAGCAGAUCCUGGAGUACGCCUACACGGCCUCCCUGCAGGCCACGGCCGAGGACCUGGAUGACCUGCUGUACGCCGCUGAGAUCCUGGAGAUCGAGUACCUGGAGGAGCAGUGCCUCAAGGUCCUGGAGACCAUCCAGUCAGAGGAGAAGCAGGACCACCUGAGUUUGAGUGGGAGGAACCACGGGUCUGGAGAGAGCGAACAUGGCAGGGCAAGGCACUGGAGGAACAUGCUAAUCUCCAAGAAGCAUUCCAUGCAGGAGGGUGGUAUCAACCCCACCGCCCUGCACCACCUGGCACUGUACCACAUGACUGACAGGAGUCCCUCUAUGCCAGGGGGACUACCUAUGGGGCUCCCUGUAGCUAGUCCCACACAAGUUGGAGGGCUUAGUCUGGAGGGCCUGGGUCAGUCUCCACUACAGUACAGCCUCAAUGGAGCACAGCACCCCUCCCUGCCUCUGACUAAGAGGAUAAAGACAGAGGACAAUAACAUGCAGGUGGAUGAAGUCAAUAGCUACGAGGGCCGGUCCUCCAGCGGAGGGGAGGGAGGCUUUGAAUCGGACCAGCCCAGAGAUGAGGGCCCGGGGACCCCCCAAAGAGGCAGUGUCAUCACCUCGGCUAGAGAGCAGCACUCGGGCCAAGAGGAGGGGGGCAUAGUGGGGAACAACUCUCCUCUGGACAGUUACCCUGGGCUGGCUGAGAAACACCUGGCCUCCCUCUACUCAUCCAUGCCCUCCAAUCACAUAGGGGAGGUGGGGUUGCCUAUGCCCAUGUCGGUGGCCCCUUCCCUGGCCAUGUCCCUGGACCUGAGGGCCUACAGGGGACUGCUGCCCCAAGGCCUGCUCCACAGGGAGAUCCUCAGCAGGCUGGGCCAGUUUGCAGCAGGGAUGAGGCGGGAGGGCCAGAGUCAGAGUCAGAGCUGUGGGGACUGUGGUCUCCAGCUGCAUAACAGAGAGGCCAUGGAGCAACACAGGAAGCUGCACAGUGGAGGCGAGAAGGGACACGGCUGUGAGUUCUGUGGCAAACGCUUCAUAGACAGUGUACGGCUCAGGAUGCACAUGCUCUGUCACUCAGCUGGAGCUGAGGCCCUGGUGUGUGAUCAGUGUGGAGCUACAUUCUCUGCUGAAGACGCUCUGGAGGCCCACAGACAGACACACACAGGGACAGACAUGGCAGUGUUCUGUCUUCUGUGUGCCAAGCGGUUCCAGACCCAGAAGGCUCUGCAGCAGCACAUGGAGGUCCAUGCAGGGAUGCACAGCUACGUCUGCAGCCACUGUGACCACACCUUCCCCAGCCACACCACCCUCAAACGCCACCUGCGCUCACACACAGGUGACCACCCGUUUGAGUGUGAGUUCUGUGGGAGCUGUUUCCGGGACGAUGGCAUGUUGAGGGGACACAAACGCAUCCACACGGGAGAGAAGCCUUACGAGUGUAACGGCUGUGGCAAAAGGUUCAGCCUCAAGCACCAGCUGGAGACCCACUACCGCGUACACACAGGUGAGAAGCCAUUUGAGUGCAAGAUCUGUCACCAGCGAUCCAGGGACUACUCUGCCAUGAUCAAGCACCUGCGCACCCACAACGGAGCGUCGCCCUACCAGUGUACCAUCUGCCAGGACUUCUGCCCCAGCCUGGCAGCCAUGCAGAAACACAUGAAGAGCCACAGACCCGAGGAUGUGCCCCUGGACUGGAGGAUAGAGAAGACCUACCUGUACGUAUGCUACGUCUGAGUAGGACUUAGACACUAAGACACACUAUCCUAUGUGUGGGCAGGUUUUUCAUCUUAUUAUUUCCUCUAAAGAGAAGUAAGUUGAUAAUUUCUGUGGUUUGAUUGCUUUUAUCACGAAUUGCCACAAUGAUCUGUCAUUACAUUAAACCUUCAUAUGUGUUGAAGGCUAAAAGACUACUGGUCAGGUUACCACAGCAGUGAAAGUGUUAUCUGUUAUUACAUUAAACCUCCAUAUGUGUUGAAGGCUGAAAGACUACUGGUCAGGUUACCACAGCAGUGAAAGUGUUAUCUGUUAUUACAUUAAACCUCCACAUGUGUUGAAGUCUGAAAGACUACUGGUCAGGUUACCACAGCAGUGAAAGUGUUAUCUGUUAUUACAUUAAACCUCCAUAUGUGUUGAAGGUUGAAAGACUACUGGUCAGGUUACCACAGCAGUGAAAGUGUUAUCUGUUAUUACAUUAAACCUCCACAUGUGUUGAAGUCUGAAAUACUACUGGUCAGGUUACCACAGCAGUGAAAGUGUUAUCUGUUAUUACAUUAAACCUCCACAUGUGUUGAAGGCUGAAAGACUACUGGUCAGGUUACCACAGCAGUGAAAGUGUUAUCUGUUAUUACAUUAAACCUCCACAUGUGUUGAAGGCUGAAAGACUACUGGUCAGGUUACCACAGCAGUGAAAGUGUUAUCUGUUAUUACAUUAAACCUCCACAUGUGUUGAAGUCUGAAAUACUACUGGUCAGGUUACCACAGCAGUGAAAGUGUUAUCUGUUAUUACAUUAAACCUCCACAUGUGUUGAAGGCUGAAAGACUACUGGUCAGGUUACCACAGCAGUGAAAGUGUUAUCUGUUAUUACAUUAAACCUCCACAUGUGUUGAAGGCUGAAAGACUACUGGUCAGGUUACCACAGCAGUGAAAGUGUUGCACUAGAAGGGAUAUUGAGUUCUAUCUGCUGUGACUCUGAUUGUGAGACGUAGAACUUCUCUGGUCGAAUUGCAGUACUAUUGCCACCCUUACUACGUAGAUUGGUUGAGACAAACAAAUAUUUCCUGGGUUAUUAUUUCCUGUCACAUUUCCUGUAAUUGCUUUUUUGGGGUGUUUGUUUUUUGCAUGUUUUACUUGAAUGGUCUCCAUAAACUUGAUUUAAUUUGUGUCUUAUUUUUCCAGUGCGCAUAUUUAGCAUAUAAUUUCCCCUACCUGUCAGUUAGUCUAUCUGCUCAUGCUGAUUGACAAGCAUUAAGGUGUAACAGGUUUUGCUAUUUAUGUCAUGCAUCGAUUUUGUUACCAAAUAGGUGUUGGUUAUUUUUUACCCAACCUCAAGGCCGUUUAUUUUGAUAUUAGAAUAAGCGCUCCCUCUUCGAUCUUCAACCUUUGCACAGAGGCAAUAGCACAUCUUAGAACUGGUGUUUUUCAUUGUGUUUUCAUCCACCGUCUGUAGCUUUACCUUCAAAUGUCCUUUUAUAUUGGUGAAGCGGCUUGAAAUGUUCUGAGAAUGAAUCAAUGGAAUUGAUUUGGACGGUUGCCUGUUGGGUAGAAAAAAAGAUUUGAAAGCCUUCAAAGUGACUUUUGUGUGAAUAAUUUUUUUAUCAGUAGAAUUAUAGCAGUCUGUUAAACCACAGAAUUAAAACAUUUUCUAAGUGAAAAGAAAGAACAUGUGAGUAAAAGUGUUGUCUUUUUACUAAACGUGAAAGGUUGAAUCACUAAAAGCAGGUUAUCGUCAGUUGUGAUGUCUGUUGCUGUAAAUGUGAUUGUAUCUUAUUCCUAGACGAGAGCCAAAAGAGGGCUUCUCUGAUUUUAAAAUGUUGUAUUUUUGUAUUACAGUGAUCUGCAAUUUGUUUACAUUUGUUUUGAUUUCAGAAACAUCUUUUCUUGUGUGUUUUGUAAGUCUCUGGAGUCUGAUUUGAGUGAGCCCUCCCUGUGCCUCUUUUAUAAAUGGAGAAUAGAUGUGCUGAAUACAUGAAUACAGUAUAUGUUUGUUGUGUUGACCGUUGUUGUUCCUGGGUGUUUGUUUAUUGUUGGUGAAGAACUGAUUUUCACUGCCAUGCCAUAGUAGACGCUAUUGUCUAAACAUUGUCAUUUGAAACAAGAUACUUGUUCUAAUGACUAUGGUAUUAUGCCCCAGGCACCUCAAGCCUCAAAGCAAAGUUUACGUGUGAGAUUUUCUUUCAAAAUGUUCUGUCUUGUUGAAUGGGGAUAAAAUGCACAGAAGACACAGAAUACAUCGUGGUAUUGUUAAUAACCUUUAUAAAGCUACAAAUUCAGCAUAUAUGGGUCUAUGUAACACUAUGACCUUCUAGAACAACAAGCCAACACUCAAUGCCAUGAAAACAAUUAAAAGCACCGACUCAUCCUCACUGUACUACUGUUCUACUCUACAAACACAUGCACUAUAAGGAUCUUAGGAUUUCCGUGGUGGACCAAAACUAACAAAGCUCUUUCAAAAAAGUGUUUUCUUUGAUCGUUCUAUGUUGUAACAAAGCAGAAGUAGUUUUAUUUGGUAUGUGUACUAGCAGGAUGUGAUGAUCAUCAUGUAGGUAGAUAUUAUGUAAAUGUUUGUCUACCUCAGCACCAGUUCAGUCAGUGCUUGUCCUGGUGUCCAAUCAGGGUUGUUCUUCUUGCCAUGUGUGUUAAAUCCCUUUGCAUUACAGCUUUGUAACACUGUGUGUGCAAGUGUUUUCUCAGUGUUGAUUCAGGCACAGAUCUUUUUACGCAUCAGUGUUCUGUGGCAUGAUGAAAAAAUAAUAAAAUAGAAACUAUUUUACAGUGCAGAUCUUUAUUGUGUCAUCAGUCAAGUAAAGUGAGUUCUUACUGUCUGGUUUUGGUGCAUACUAUUCACAUGCACUACAGGAAUAUGUUCCAUGUUUGAAGAUGUUAUAAAAUAUCAAAAUGCUAAUUGUAUGUAGUUCUGUUCUUGAGCUGUUCUUGUCUAUUAUUGUUCUGUAUUGUGUCAUGUUUUGUGUGGACCACAAGAAGAGCAGCUGCUGCUUUCGCAACAGCUAAUGGGGAUCCUAAUAAAAUACCAAAAAGAUC